AUGUCGGGCAUUCAAUUGGCGGCACUGACGGACACGCUCCAUACCUGGUAUUCCAACCUCACCACCAACGUGUCUACGUCGGUCACAAACCUCACACUGAGAGACUAUAUCCGACUGGUCUGGAUAAUUGGUGGCUACUAUUUCCUUCGACCCUACCUCGACAAGGGGUUCAAGAAGCUGCUUGACUCUGGUAAUAAGAAAGCCGAGGCGGAAGAAGCGGCAGCAGAAGAUGCCGCAGUCAGGGCUAAAUUGUCUGCCAAUGCUUUGAGGGACGGCGGCAACCUGGAGGAAAGCGAAGAAGAGGACGACGAGGGCGAAUCUACGGGGGUGUCGAACUGGGGAAAGAGUGCAAGGAGGAAACAGCGGAAUUUUAUGAAGUUUCUUGAGCAGGAGGGCGAGAGAAAGCGGGCGGAGGAUGACGAUAAGGAUAUUGCAGAUUUACUGGAAGAUUAA